AUGGUGGAAGAGAAGGAAGAACCAUGCAAUAAAAGAAUGUCAAUGGAAGAGGGUCUCGCUGCUGGAAUGGCAUCACUCGCUAAGUUGCGACAGCGCUUGCGAAGCGAAGGCGAUGCAGACAAGGUGGAGCCGAGUGCUAAGCGAACUCCACUCAGACCAAUAUCGCCUGUCGCUAGCUCACCAACAUCACUGAAUGUAUUGAAGAGGAAGGGGGAAACUAUUCUGACUCCUUCUUUGGCUCGUCCUUCCCAGAGAUUUACUACAAGUACACCAAAGCAUAGCGGAAUAAUAGCGUAA